AGGGCGAUAAACUAGUGCAAGGUGAGGGAGGUCUGUUCAUGUUUUCUUCCUCUCGGUCACUUUAAUCUGGUUCUUCGGUCUGUCAGAUUAAACUGGAGUCGUCCAGGAGGAUGAGGAUAACCGUGCUGCUUGUCUCCCUUCUGCUCGUUUCCCAGUAUGUCUCAGGAGUCGAGGUGUAUGAGGGGGAGGAGUCUGUCGUUCUGCUCUGCCAGCUUCCCGUUCCAGCUGAAGAGGGUGUAGUUGUGUGGGGACGCGAUGACCUGAAUCCUUCAAUCAUCCAUGUUCGCACAGAGGAAGGUGAUGAUCCUACAGAGCAAAAUAAACAAUACGUCGACAGAACAUCCAUUCAAAAGGACGCCCUGAAGACCGGAGACCUCAGCCUCACUCUGAGAAAACCUACAUUCUCUGACAGCGGAAUCUACACCUGCACCGUACGCAAGCAUGGACAAAAACAGAACCAAACUGAAGUGCAACUAAAGGUCAAAGAGCGUCCUCCUCCUCCUCCAAUCUGGCCCAAAGUUCUCCCAGCGGUCCUGGUUCCAGUGCUUGUCCUGGCUAUUGGCAUUAGUAUUUUCAUGUGUCUUGUAUAUCAAAGGAUGAAGAAAACAGCAGUCUGCCAGCUCAAAGUUGUUGAUGUGACAGAGGGAGCAGAGUCUGUCCUGCUACCCUUCAUAUCCAAAAAACUGAGGAAUACGGAGACCGCCAAAGUGGAGUGGAAACAUAUCCAAGAAGAUGAAAUAAAGGUCGUGUAUGAGAAGGAUCAGAAAAGUACAGACACAACUCACACAGACCGCACAGAGAUGAGAAAAGAUCCAUGGAAGACAGGAAACGCCAGCCUAACUUUGUUAGGUCCUCGCUCUGAAGAUGGAGGUGUUUACAUAUGCACCAUGUAUGACACGCAUGGAAAGGCACUGAAACAGAAAGUAGUGGCACUCUGGGUCAAAGAGGGCUGGCUGAAAACCAUCAGAAGCUUCUUCCCGUGUGCCAGAAAGAACAAUGGGGUGAUCUGAAUGAAAAGGCAAAGGUGAAUCUGUUCACUGUUCAGUCAAUGUGAUUCAUCUCUUGAUGAAGCUUUUCCAAAUGAAACUCACAGUAAUUAGUGUCAUUACCAAAUGAAAAGUCACAUUACAACUACUGUGUGUUUGUGAGCUCUCAAAUGUCUGUUUCAGUCAGUUUGAACACUUGACACAUGCACUCAGCACAACCUGAACUAAUAUUCAGAUCGUCUGUGCACACUUGAAACUAAAGUUCUGCAUAGCAGUAAAGUGUUUUUUAGUACAUUUGUAAAUAAAUUCAAGAUUUAUUUCAUUUAUUUAGGAAUAAAAUAGAAAAAUUCAAAAAAUGUUAGCUAUCUAACAUUUACAAAGGUAAACAGUUACUUUGAUGACAGAUGUCUGUACUAAUUGAUACUGUAGUAUUUAACUAUUUUAACUUUGAUUUCGAUUUACUGAAGGUUACCUGUGGGGUUCAACAGGGUUCAGUGCUGGACCCCAAACAGUUUAUACUGGGCAUGCAUGAAUCAUAUCUAAAUUACUAAAACCUUAUUUGCUGUAAUGUAUCAUCAGGUAUAGUCAUUUAUUUCUCUGGGAAAAGUUUAGAACAGUGCCUGAAUGCAGUGGAAAAAAAUGUUGCGACAGAUACAUCAUCACUAAAUUACAGCAAAGUAAAAUGUAUAAUAAUUAGUAACUAGUCAAUAACAGCUGUUAUAAAUUAUUAAGAGUGUGUACCACUAUGUAAGUUUUAAAAACAUGGUGCUAAAAAUAUGAAAGUGAAUCAAGACUUUCAUUGUUUAUAAAAAAAAAAGAAUAUUUUAUUUCUGUAUGUUUAUUGUUAUUUAUUCUUUCAAAAUUAUUUUACUUUUUUUUUUAUUAUGUUUUCCUUUGGUCUUAGUUUCGUUUAUUUAGAAUAUACUGCAUGUGAAAAGUGUAGUUGGAACAUGCUAGAGCUUCAGCUUUCAGCUUUAAGACUAAAAUCUCCAGUUCAGUUCAUUUUUUGUCAUUUAUUUAUUGUUAUAGCAUCUCUUGGUUGUUUUUGUUAUUUUUGACUUUGGUUUUGUUUUCCUAGAAAAAAAAAGAUGUAUGUUAGGGUUAGUUAGGGUGUUCUGGAGUUUCAGAGCUGUUGUAGAUCAUACAUAAAAUAUGCUUGUGUGUGUUCAGACUGUUUGUCAAUGGGGAGACUCUCAGGGAAACAUACAAAUUGGACUCUGCUUUCUAUAGAGAGUCCAAUUUGUAUGUCCAAUUUGUGCAACUCCUGAAACCCAGGACUGUUGCACUGUUGCACUGUGCUGUGGUGGAUCUACAGAAAACAUGUGCUAACUGAGGAACUAAUGAAUGAGGAAGUAAGGAGUGGCAGAAAAGUAUGUGCCUGUCUGAGCCUGCAAAACAUUGAAUUUGAAACCAGGAUUGUACCUUUAUUUGUUGUCAGGAACAAUGCAGUGCUCUCUGCCGAUGCUCGCACGCAUUAGGUCUUGGUGUGGAUUUUAUUGUCAUUCCUUAAAAAGAGAACUGGUACAGUUCCUUUUUUCAUUUUUCAGCAGUCACAACAAAGUAACUAAAAGUGCCUGUUACAAGUAUUUUUUUGUAGAGCUGAAGUUGUCCCUGUUGAUUCUGAUUAUUUGUGCCAUAACAGUGGUAUAAACAGGAAACUGAAACCAACUCUGUGAAUUCAAUGAGAGGAACUGCUACAGAAAAAAACUAUAACAAUGUAAUGUUGACUCUAUCUCACCUUUCUUUAAUCCUAAAUCUGCUCAUCCUCACUUACUAGCUAGCUUUUUAUGUUAACAUUUGCUAUCAGCUAUGGCAUGAUACUUAAACUGAAACAGUAACGUGUAUCCCAGACAUUGACAGAUCCCAUGUUGUGCACAGUGUAUUCCAUUUUUAAUGGAAUAUCUUUUGAGGACAACCAAACUCUAUUACCAGAGUCAUAGGUACAGGCCAUGGUCCUAAGGUGAUGUUUGCUUUGGUCUGCAGUCCUGAGUAGAGCUAUUCAAGUAUCAACACUACCACAGACCAAUGUCUAUGGUAGUGUUGAAGAUGAUGCUGCACUUGGGAAUCCCAUUUACUAGUUACACUCUGAUUAGUUUAGACAGUGAUUGAAAAAAGGCACAAGAAUAUGGAAUUUUACAAAAAACUGUGAACACCCCACUCAUGUCUCUGCAUCAGAUGCAUCUAGUUCUUCAUUAAAAUCACAUGGGCUCUUGUUGACCUUUAAGUAAAAAUAUGUAACACAACACUGCAAAAGUGCUUGCGGUAAUGGCGUCGGAACCGGGACCAUGACCUUUAUUUUUCAUGCAACGUGCAUGGUGUGUAUUGUGUUCUUAUUGGUUUUCAGCUAAUAGCUCCUUGAGAAUAACAAUUUAGGUGCAAAUAUAUUUUAUGUCAGUCCAGUUGUAUUGUUAGUUUUGGUAAUAUAGAUUCAGAAAUGGGAACAAAUUGUGUACUUUUGCAACAUGCUGCCAUUGUAGUAAAGUGCCUAAAGAUACAGAUUUGCUAAGUUGAUUCAUAGGUCAGUGUUAAGUUUUAAACAAAUGAAAAACAUAAUUCUGAAAGCAGUCAGGUACAAUAACUGGAUUGAAAGUGCACGAAAAUGCCAAUAUAAGGCCAUGCAUUCAUUUCCAAGGCAAUGAAAGAGCUACACAGAGCCUAGAGAAGUAUUGCUCCAAACUACUUUAUAAAACUAUACGACAGUCUUUCUCCUGGGUAGCAAAAUAUGAACAAAUAAGUGUGAUUUAAGACUCUUGCACAAUGUUUAUUUACAACAAUCUCUAUAUACUCUUUUAAUACAGAAUAUCCUCAACUGUACAAGUUAUCUUUUGUACGAAAUGUUCUGAUUGUACUCUGUGACCAUAGUGGGUAUUUCUGUUUGUACUUCUUCUUGGUCAAAAGCCUUUCUGACUCUGUAUUACUCUGUAUUGAUUGAAACCUUUGCAAAGGAAAAUAAAACCCCACAAAGUCAAA